GGCAAUUGCAUUGUUUGUAUUUCCAAACACAACUGCGUUGUUUACAUUGAAAUUAGCUUAAUCGGAGUUAAAAGUAGCUAUGGAUUGUGGAUAAUGUAGGAUCAUGGCAUCCUGCUUUUUUACGAAGUCGCUUUUUCCUUUUCGAUUACAUUUAGUGUCUGACACAUGUAAUAAACCAAUUCAAUCGUUUUUCGAAAAUGCCCUUGGGAAAACACGUCAACUUUUACGUGUUUUCUACGGCAAGGAAAGUAAAUUGUCUUCUGAACCAUUUCGUAGUCAAUAUAGAUUACCCGUAGAGUUCGUACAAAAAAGCUCCGGGUCCGCUGUUCCUCCUAAAAAAUUUAUUUUUUAUCGUCCUGGAUUUCUUCAUAACGUUACUUCUAAAUGGGUUUCUGAUUCUGUGGCUGGAGCUGUAAGUAAAGAAUGGAGGAAAAAGGCUUUGCAAAGAGGAAAAGGGCCAAUGCUCGGCCUCGUAGGAUUUGCACUAGCAAAGAAGCCAUCACUUUUGACAGAAGAUGAAGAAUGUGAAGGUGUAUCUUAUUUAAUCCGAGAUUCGUUUUCUUCUAUUCCUUGGCAAAAUGUUGGAUUGAACAUAGAUAAAAAUUAUGCUGUUAAUCGACAGUUUUCACUUUCUGAUUUAAAAAUUGGUGAUAUGAUAGCUAAGGGAUGUAAUGCUGCAGUGUACAGUGCUUGUUUUCAGGAAUCAAAAUUAGAUAACUCAUCCCAAGGAAAUAUUGGUGAAAAUAAUAUUGGCCACUCUUCAAAUGAUUUGAAUUCUCAUUCAUCAGUUAAAGAAAAUGAAUCAAAUGCUGUUAAUGGUGAUGAGAAGGAUACAACAAAAACUGAUGAAGGAGACAAUAGUUUAUUGACUUACACAAGAUUAAUAAUGUCUCAUUCUGAAGGCGAACAAAAUAUGAAAUUUUCGGAAGUACCAAAAAAUUUUGAAAAAAACUCCAAAUUGUCUGUUGAAAAUUUUGGUCCUUAUAAUAUGGCAGUGAAAGUUAUGUUUAAUUAUAGUGCCGAAUCUAAUGCUUAUGCUAUCUGGAAUGCCAUGCAUAAAGAAACUUUGCCAUCUAUUGGAGAAUUUCAUUUUGGAGAUGUCAAUCAUAAAGUCAGAAAAAAGAGGCUUAAACCUCAUCCAAAUAUUGUUGAGAUGUACUUUGCAUUUGCUGAUCAAGUACCUUUGCUUCCCGGUGCUUAUAAAAACUUCCCUCAAGCUCUUCCUGUUCGUUUGUUGAACGAUGGCUGUGGCAGAAAUAUGACACUUUUUUUGGUAAUGAAAAGAUACCAUUGCAGUUUGAAAGAUUACUUAAAGAAAGAAUCUCCUUCUUCAAAAACCUCUCUUCUUUUGCUUACCCAAUUGUUAGAAGCUUUAGUACAUCUUCAUCAAAAUGAAAUUGCACACAGAGAUUUGAAAACUGAUAAUAUUUUAUUAGAUUUAUCUGAAGGUGUAUCUUCUCCCAAACUUGCUGUUACUGAUUUUGGUUGUUGCUUAGAAGGCCUUUCUCUGUUUUAUCCAUCGUAUGAUAUUAGCAAAGGUGGUAACAUGGCUUUAAUGGCACCUGAGGUGGUGAAUGCAGAAGCCGGCCCCUUUUCUCAGAUUGAUUAUUCUAGAUCUGAUCUUUGGACUGCUGGCACAAUAGCCUAUGAAAUUUUUGGAGGGUCUAAUCCUUUUUAUUCUCCUGGAUCAAAUUUGAAAAACUCCUCUUAUAAUGAGAACAAGUUACCUUCAUUGCCAAGCUCUGCUCCUGCAGCUAUUCAGCGAUUAGUGACAGAUAUUUUGCACAAAGAUCCAAAACAAAGACCUAACCAAAAUUUUGCUGCAACUGUAUGUCAAAUUCUUCUUCAUGCUUCUCCUGACUUAUUUUCCAGUAGUCGUGAUAAGAAGAACUCUAACAAAGUGUUAGAGUGGUUGUUUACACUCUCUUCAAAAACUUACUUAGAAGGCUUACUAGAAAACUCAAAUCCUCAUUCUGUUGAGUUUGAACUGAGGCACACAUUCUGCUCUCGUAUUCAAUAUUUAGAAGUUGUUGAAGCAAUUAAUUAUAUUAUCGACUCGGGAAAUCUUGAUGCUUGAAAAAUGUAUGUUAGUAUCUAAGAGAAUGGUUAGUUGCUAUAACUUUUUGAACAUGUAAUUAAUCAGAUUUGUUUAUUUUGAAUAGUAACAAAUGUCCUUAACUAACAGUUUGUUGUAAAAAAAAUAUUAUUGUAGUUUACUUUUCUGCACUUCAGAUAUUCUAUUUUCAGAACAACGAGUAUUCUGCUGAUGUAU